AUGACCUGCGUGCGGUCCACAUCAUCGUCGUUCGAACCUUUCCUUCCGGGAAAAACAGAAUCAAACGCAACGGCUGCGCUUCCCGCUAAAUAUGGACGCAUAGCGCCAUUCACAACACGCAGGUUCGUCCAUUUUCGGACCAAUACUAAAUCUUCAUGCACUUGGUACAGUACAGAGGAAGCAAGGUCGUCGGGGAGAUUGUUCUUCUUGAGAAAAGAGAAGAGCCUCUCUAGCGGCUUUGUACAGUCGUCCUUGAACGGUAUGUGGUUCUCCGCAGAUUUUUCCACCUCCGAUGCGGACGCAGGGCGCUCACCUACCGCAGACAUCUGGUCGUACUAGUGAAGCAGGUCACACUCUUCUUGGGAUUUUGGUCGGCUUUCCUUGCUUGCAACUUUCCAAAGGUUUCAGUGAAACGCUGAGCAGCUAUUUACCCAGGGGGCAGAUCAUGCGUUCUCACAGCUGCGCCUGUUGUUUGAGGAGAGAGCUUAUCCUCCGGGCGGAAUGGUAUGAAGUUAGACAACAGCUAUAGGAUGACGGAUUCAUGUUCGGAAUUUAAGGGGCACAUGUACCUUUUAGCGGAAAAUCAUCAAUCCCAAAUAAAUUAAGUCUCACCCACAGGGGCAACCACGCCGGCGCCGGCGCUGACUGUUCUUUUUUCGUGCAGGUCGUUCAGUUUCCGAGCAUCCAGGAGCAAGAUAAUAGGUCAGGGCGACCACGCAAAAUGCUACGGAGCCAUGCCGUCUGGUGAGGGAAUAGAGGUUUACUGUCUCACAAGCGACUCUCAUCGAGCCUUCCUGCAAAGGCAUGGCGACACUCUCCUCAGCAUCAGCGGAACUCAUCGCGUUCGAAUAUUUACAGAAGAGGAGACAGCAGCAAGACCAUACUCGCCGUAUCUUAUAGACACUAAGACAGGCUUGAAGAGCGUACAGGGGACAGAUACUGGAUUGAAUAUUGCCGUAAUUCAACAGCAGCUUUCCACGUUUUGGGUAGGCAAAACGCUGUUGUAUUGCCGCGAGACAGAUAGUACGCAAGAUAUACUCACACGCCUGUUCACUGAAACUGCUGGUGGCGCAGUUGCAUUAUCCGGAUGGCAGACAGCUGGAAGAGGCAGGCGGGGUGCUGAGUGGCAAUGCCCAGCUGGUAGCGUUGCGCUCUCUGUCGCAGUCCGCAUCCCGAGAGAUUCUCCAGAGCGACUCAACUUUUUGCAAUAUGUAGCCGCGCUCGCUGUCGCGGACGCUGUUGCUAGCGAACCAUCUUGGCAGGAGACUUGUAUUCGAAUUAAAUGGCCAAACGAUGUAUUUGCGAAGAACGUCAAGAUUGGGGGAGUGCUUUGCGAAGCAACUGUUCGUAACGGAGAAUUCCAUGUCACUGUUGGGGUCGGCGUCAAUGUAACGAACGCUAAACCAACCGCUUGCUUACUACAAGCAGUUGAGGAGGCCGUGGGUUCGGUUAACGCGAAGGGCAUGCGAGAAGUCUUUAUUGCCCGAUACUUGACAGCCUUUGAAAAACUUUUCGAUGAGUUUAGCGCCCGUGGUUUCACUGGAAGAAUUCUCGAGAGAUACUUAAGACUUUGGAUGCACGAGGGUCAAGUGCUCAAAAUCGGAGGGCACGAGGGGCCCUCAGCGGUCGUGCAUGGACUUGCCCCGAAUGGUUGGGUUCGAGUUUUCCGCGACGACCUACAGGCGUUCCAAGACCUUGCUCCAGAUAUUACCAGCCUUGACCUGUCUCAAAAUGUCAUCAAGGAAAAAGCACGUGGGCCCAGGUGAUUUACUUGAGCGCACACAGCAAUUGAUGAGACAUUCAAUGAGGAGGCCCCUAUCCUUCAGAGGAAUCUUUGUGUUCCAUUCGCGCGUUUGAUACUCGGAUGACAAAGGAUCAAUGGUUCAGGGUUUUUGUGGACGCUCUGCUGAGACUGAAGCACGCAACGGUCCCACUUGCUGCAUAGGGGGUUUUCUGCGCGAUUGUGAGAGGGAGUGGUGCAGAGUAGCAAUGGAUAGCCCGGCUUGCUGGGUCACGCCCAGACAAGUGAAGGAAUCCAAUUAGAAAUGAGCAGGGUUUGGAGAUGCAGUCAGCUCAAGCUUAUACCACUCAUGAUUUUCUUGCUGUCAGAUACAACUGCUCCUGAGAUUCAUAAUAAAUUUCCAGUCCUCAGCGAGCGCAGGCUCGGAGCGCAGGCUUGGAGUUCAGACGCGUAGUACCGA